AGCUUCGCCCUCCAUCAACACCACCACGGCGUCGACGAUGAGACUCUUCUCGCUCGUGGCUCUUUUGGGCUUGCUGGUCCUGGCGACUGCAGCUCGCGCAUGGGAGCAGACUGAUUACGAAAUCUUCGACCUACAAUCCUCCCUCGAGGCCACAACGGGCAAGGGUACCACAUUCUACUCGCUCCUCAACCUCACUUCGUCCGCUACAGCCAGCGAGAUCAAGUCCGCCUACCGCAAACGCUCCGUCGAGCUUCACCCAGACAAGCAUCCCCAAGAUCCUCAAGCAUCCAAGCGCUUCGAACAACUUGGCCUCGUCAUCAAGAUCCUUCGAGACGCGCGCAAGGACCGAUAUGACCACUUCUUGUCAACGGGCUUCCCAAAGUGGCGUGGUACUGGCUGGUACUACGUGCGAUGGAGGCCAGGCUUUGGCACCACACUCUUCUUCCUCGUCUUGAUCGCCACGUCCAUGGAGCUUCUCGUCAAGCGAGUAAAUUAUUCGCGCGAUGCAAAGCGCAUUCAUCAGCUUCAGAGGGCGGCACGAUUCAUUGCUUGGGGACCACGAUUCUAUCAAAUCUGGCUUGACCCAGCUGCUCCUGUUCGUGCGCCGGCUGAGAAGAAGGUGCGAGUCAGCCUCAACGCCGGGGCUUCCCUCCCACCACCACCUGCUCACAAGGACGUCGCAGCUGGCAACGUCGACUGGGACGCAGUCGAGCGAUCAGUCAAGCAGGGAGUCGCCAAUCCAGAACUCGCCCCUCAAAUCGGAGGACCUGCCCUUGACCUCCUCGUCACUCGCGAGCCAGACGGAGAGAGCAUCGUGUGGGCAUCGGACGAUGCCACCGGAGAGUGGACCGAGCUCAACGAGGAGAGCGCCUUGCACAAGCCAACGAUGGCCACUCUUUGGCCUGCCAGACUAGCAAAGCAUCUCGUUUCGGGUGGUAGAAAGGGUCAGGAUCCCGCAUCUCAACCGGCUAUGCCAGAGGACGCAUCGAGUGCAAAGAGCAGCGCUGUUAAGAAGUCCAACGCAGCAGCAGCCAAGAAGGGAGGGCGCAGGAAGUAAAGACAUGUCACCUAACGCUGCGCUGCAUGCAUUGCUCAAAAUUCACCAUGUGUCUGCGCGCCGCGCCACGCCACGCCAUGCCUCAUCGCCUAC